AUGUGUGUAUGUGAUUCUGAGACUGAAGAUAAUUCGUGUUUUUUCUUCCGGCACUUGAAGGAUUUGCUGGAAUCCCAAGGUAGAGUGGUUACAUUUAUGAGUGAUCGCAGUAAUGGAUUACUCGGUUCUUUCAAUAAGGUACUUCCUGGUCAUCCUCACUUGUUUUGUUACAUGCAUUUGUCGGCCAAUUUGAUGAAUAGAUAUGGUGGAGUGAGUGCUACUGUGAAAAAUGCUGUGAUGAAUAAGUUUUUUGAGUUAGCAUAUGCAUCUUCCCCCGCGCAAUACCGUUUGCAUUUAAGAAAGCUUAGAGAAAUUGGUGAUGCAAAAAUUAUUGAUGAUUUUCUGAAGGAUAUGCCUCUUGAAAAUUGGUGCCGUGCAUUUUUCCCUGGAUCACGUUAUGGGAUUAUGGCUAAUAGCAUGGCUGAAUCUUUUAAUGCCUGGUUCGCUGAAGAGCGUGAGAUGCCGGCAUAUGGUAUGCUUGAUCAGACUAGGAUAAAGUUGAUGAAUCAGAUGGGUGAGAGGAGGGAUGAAGCUCAACUCUGGACCACACCACUUACUCCUAAAAUGCAGGAUCGUUUGAAAGAACGUAUGGAUGUUGCUUCACAGUUUAAUGUGGUUUACUCGACCACAAAUAUCUAUAAAGUUCGAGGGAAGUAUUCUCAUGUUGUUGACCUUGGUAUUUGUUCUUGCACUUGUAGAAAAUGGGAGAUUGAAUGUUUUCCUUGCUCUCAUGCUCUUGCUGCAAUUCAAGCUGCCUCAAAGGAUGUUUAUGCAUUUGUAGAUCCGUAUUACUUUGCUGACUACUGCAAGAAGUGCUAUGAUGUUCCACUUUUCCCUCUUUGUAAUGCUGAUAUGGCUUCUACUGAAUCUGCUAAUGAUGAGUUUGUACAUCUCCUCAUGUGA